GACACGCUGGCGCAGACCGGGGUGAUGUUUUAUGAAGAGGAACGGGAUAUCAUGACUGAGGCCGUGUCGCCGUGGAUCACGGCUCUUCACUACGCAUUCCAGGACUCGCAGCUGCUGUACCUGGUGAUGGAUUUCCACCCGGGCGGCGACCUGAUGACGCUGCUGGACCGCUUUGACGGCGUGCUGGAGGAAGAGACGGCGCGCUUCUACCUGGCCGAGAUUGCGCUGGCGCUGCACGAUCUGCACGCCAUGGGAUACGUGCACAGAGAUGUCAAGCCGGAGAACGUGCUGCUGGACCGGUGCGGCCACGUGAAGCUGGCCGACUUCGGCUCGGCGGCGCGGCUCGGCGGCGGGCUGGUGUCGGCCGCCAUGCCGGUCGGCACGCCCGACUACCUGGCGCCCGAGGUGCUGCGCGCCGUCAACACGGCCGGCGCGCGCCAGCCGGCCAGCCCAGCCUACGGCAAGGACUGCGACUACUGGUCCCUCGGAGUGGUCGCCUUCGAGAUGCUCACUGGAAGAACACCGUUCAGUGAUGACAAGCUGGGCUCGACCUACAACAACAUCCAGCAGCACAAGAAGCACCUGGUGCGGCCCAGCGAGCCGGCGCUGAGCGACGCCGCCUGGAGCCUGAUCGCCGCGGUGCCGCCGUUCAUCCCGACCGUGAACGGCGUGGACGACACGUCCAACUUCGACGAGGUGUGUCCAGAAGUUUCUCCGGCCGCGAGCUGCCCUUCAUCGGCCUUCACGUUCACCAAGCCGCUCGGCGAGACGCGUCCACUCAAGGACCGGCAGCGCAGCAGCUCGCUGCUGCCGGCGGCCGACGCAGAGCCAUCUAGCGAGCUGGAACGGAAGGUGUGCGCCCAGCGACGCCAGCUGCACACGCUGCGCGAGCGGCUGGACGAGUACGAGCGCGGCGAGGUCGGCAGCCAGCUCAAGCAGCUGAGCGCGAAGGUGGAUGAGAAGAGCGAGCGUCUACAGAAGAUUGAGGAGGAGCGGAACCGGCUGGAGGCGGCUCUGGCCCGGGCCGAGGACAAGUCCGCUGGCUACGUCCGCCUGCUGGAGGUAGAGAAGAAGGACCGCAUGUCGACCGAGAAGCGCGCGCUCGAGCUGCUGCAGGACAUCAAGCGCAAGUGGAAGCGCGACGAGGAGGAGCGGCUCAAGGUCAUCCAGGACGAGGUCAAGCGGUACCAGGCCGAGUGCAAGUCGAUGGAGGAGAAGUACCACUUCUCGCUGGAGAACCUGCAGCGCUGCCAGAGCCAGCUGAAUGCCGCCGAGGAGGCCAGGAAGACGGCCGAGGAGGCCGCCAAACAGAACCAGCACAAGGUCAAGGAGGUACUGGACAGCAGCCGAGUGGACUCGGCCGGACUGCAGCAGCGGCUGGAGCAGACGACGGCCGCCUCGCAGCAGCAGCUGCUCCAGCUGCAGCAGCAGCUCGCCGCCGGCCAGCGCGACCGCGACCAGCUGCAGGCGCAGCUGCAGCAGGCGGCGCGCGACCAGCGACGGCUCGAGCGACAGCUGGAACAGACGACGGCCGACGCGGCGCAGCUGGAGGCGGCGCACCAGGAGCGCGACGCCAUGCUGCAGGACCUGCGCGUCACCCAGGACAAGGAGGAGGAUCACCAGCAGCGCAUCUGUGAGCUGGAGACCACCCUCCUGGGCCUGGAGGAGUCGCUCAACAAGCUGGAGCACUGCAACGAGACGCUGCAGCACCAGUUGGCCAACGCCAGCGCCGCCGAGCCGCACGACAGGCACAAGGUGGCCGAGCUGCAGGACCAGAUCAGACUGAAGGACAAGCAGGUCGCCGACUGGAAGAUCGACGUGCGCAUCGCCAACCGGGAGGCGCGAGCGGCCGAGGCGGCGCUGGCCGAGCUGCGCCAGGCCGAGGCCGGCUGGGUGGCGGAGGCCGGCCUCGAGCGCGCCGAACGCGACGUCGAGCGGCACGGUCGCGAGGCGCACGAGCUGAAGGAGGCGCACGAGGCCCAGCAGCAGACCGAGCGCACGCACCGCCUCCAGGAGACGGAGGAGGCGCUGCGCCGCGAGCUGGCCGACGCUCAGAAGAAGGCCGACCAGCAGGAGGCGACGAUCUCGUCCCUGAAGGACCUCUGCUCCACGCUGGACACGCAGCUGACCGACAUGGAGCAGCUGCUGAAGAAGCAGGAGGCCGACACAGAUAAGCAGGAGCAGAACAAGUCGGCCCUGUCGGACGAGAUCGCGCGCCUGCAGACCGAGCUUCGCUCCGCCAAGGCGGGCGCCAACGAGGAGAAGUCGCUGAAGCUGUUCCAGGAGCGGCGCGUCCAGGACCUGGAGCGCCGCCUGCAGGAGCAGGAGGCCGACGUCGAGACCGAGCGUGACAUCCUGAAGAAGGACCUGGACGAGUACCGCGAGCUGUCACACGGUCUCACCAACCAGCUGUCGCAGCACGACCAGCAGCUGUCGGAGGCGCAGACGCAGCUGCGCCAGCUGGAGCGGCGCGAGGAGCAGACGCUGCGCGAGAUGGCCCGGCUCAAGGAGGAGACGUCCGGCCUGCUCACGCAGAUCCACUCGCUCAAGGACUCCAACUUCCAGCUGACCGAGGCGCUCGAGAAGGCCGUCGACCGCGCCGAGGCCUUCAAGGAGAGGAUCGCCGAGCUGGAGGGCGUCAUCUCGGAGAUGCAGCUGAGCUACGACGAGAAGGAGCAGCGGCUGGAGGGCACGCUCGGUCAGCAGACCAAGCUGAUCGACUUCCUGCAGGCCAAGUCGGAGGCGCCGCCGCGCAAGAAGACGCUGGCCGACCGGCUGUUCGGUGAGAAACAGAAGGAGAACUGCACGCCCGUGCCGCUGAAAUACCGUGACCUGGAGCGGCUGUUGGAGCGAGAGCGCAUGCGCACCAAACAGGCCAACGACCAGCUGAACCGGGCCAGGGCCGAGAUCGUGUCCCUUACCAACAAAGUGCCCACCUGUCCGGACACGCCGUGCCUGGGCGGCACGCCGCAGUCGCGCCAGGCGCUUCGUCUGCUGGCGCAGUCGCCGGGGGUGCAGACCACGCCCACGCCCACGCCGCAGCGCAUGCACCAUAACAUCCCGCACCGGUUCGACACGGGCCUGAUGACGCGGGCCGCUAAGUGCGCCGCCUGCCUGGGCCCGGUGCGCUUCGGACGCACGGCCGCCCGCUGCGCCGAGUGUCACAUCACUGCCCACCCCAAGCAGUCGGACGCCUCGCCGGCCGUGCGCCGUGUCGCCGGGCCGCCCAAGCCGCCCCGACAGCCCUCCGAGGACACGCCCACCGCCGGCCGCGGCUGGAUCCGGGUGCCCAGGCCCGGAAAGGCCGGCUGGGAGCGUCGCUUCCUGCGCGUGGAGGAGGGCCAGCUGACGCUGUACGCCGAGGAGCCGUCGCCGGGCGGGCUGGCGCCGGCGCCGCUGCAGACCAUCGACCUCCGCUCGGGCCACGUGCACGUGGACGCCGACGUGGCGUACUCCGAGGUGCCGCAGCUGGCCCGCCGCGACUUGCCUUACGUGUUCAAGGUGGGCAUCGUGCAGGAGACGACCUGCUGGCCGGCCAAGUCGUACCAGUUCCUGUGCAGCAGCCUGCCGGAGAAGCAGCAGUGGGUGGGCCUGCUGGAGUCGCUGUCAGCCCGCGCCAGCCUCGUGUACGCCGCCGACGGCGCCGACUGCAUCGACAUCAACUGCGCGCACCUCGUCACCGACCAGCUGAUGCUACUCGGCACGGAGGACGGCCUGUACUCGCUGUCGCUCACCGACGGCCGCACGGAGCGACGCAUCAAGGUGGACGGCUUCCCGCCUGUGCUCAUGAUGAGGGCCGUGCCCGAGGUUGACCAGCUGGUCUUCAUCGCAGGCAAGGAGCACGAGCUGCGUGUGGCGCCGCUGAACGCGGUGCGCGCCUGCGCCGAAGCGGCCUCGGUGUCGGCCGCCCGACUGGACGCCUGGCGACUGGAGGGCCUGCAGAGCUGCCACCUACUGGCCGCCGGCGCCACCGGCGACAAGCAGGCGUUCGUGUGCGCCGCCUCCUCCAACCGCGUCUGCCUAUUCCGCUGGAGUUACGACCUGACCACCUACCAGCUGGUGAAGCAGUUCAGCACGCAGGAACCAGCCACCUGCCUGCACUUCACCUCCAGCUCCAUCAUCAUCGGCACCGACCGCUUCUUUGAGGUCGACCUCUGCAACUUUGCCAUUGAAGAGUUCCUGGACUCGUCGGACGCCAGCCUGGCGUACAUCGUGUACGGCACCAGCCAGAUGCGCUCGUUCCCGGUGGCGAUCCUGGCCGUCUCCGAGAAGGAGUACCUGCUCUGCUACCACGAGCUGGGCGUGUUCGUCGACCAGUUCGGCUCGCGCUCACGCAAGCAGGACAUCAAGUGGACCCGCCUGCCGUUGGCCUUCGCGUACCAGGCGCCGUUCCUCUUCAUCUUCCACUUCCACGCGGUGGAGGUGGUGGAGGUGGCGCGCGGCUCGUUCCGUGACGCGGACGCGGUGCCGCCGGCCGUC